AAUGUAUUUGUCAAGUGAAUUUAUUACACGUGUUAUCAACGGGAGGGGAGGUCACGCAACAAGCACAUAGCCGGCGGUAAUGGAAUUCUCCCACGUGCAGUACACUGGUUCUCAGAUUCAGUUAAGAGUGUAAAGUAGAAAUGGCCGUGAGACCGAAGCUUGCGCGGUUACGGGGGCUUGACGACGGAUAUCGUACUCCGUUCCGUCCAUAAUUAAAUCACAUUUUCGAUUGCGUUUGAAUUGUUCCAACCUAAUAAGGACAAAACCUUUUAAUUAAGAAGUCGGAGAAAAGAAAAAGGAUAUGAAAGGAGGUGGUGGCGGCGGGGUUUCAGUUGCGGCUAAACGGCGAUGGAGAGGCCUGGUGAUCGGAGUACUCUUUCUUGUUAUACUUUCUAUGCUAGUUCCCCUGGCGUUCUUGCUCGGCGUUCACAAUGGCUUUCACUCACCGAAUCCCGACGGAUAUGUCCCUGUGAAACAUUCUUCAGAUUCGGUUGGUGGUGAGUAUAGUUCCAGCAUCAUUAAUGCAUAUAACGAUUCCAAGAAUGAUCGAUCAGAACAUAUUGAUGAAAUUGUGAGAAAACUAGCACCAAACAUUUCAAAGGAUGCAUUUAGAAAAUCUGCUGAUGGAACUGAGAAUCAAACCGCUGAUAGGAAUGCUGAGCAUGGUAGUCAGCAUAAAAAAGGUGGUACACCGGUUGAAUCUCACACUGUGCUGCAACCAUCUCCCAAUAUGAGUGAUACUAGCAAUGUUACUAAAGUUGAAGGCACUGAAUAUGUCAAAGGUGGUAUUGAUGAAACUGAAAAUUGCGAAUUGAAAUUUGGGAGCUACUGCCUUUGGCGUAAAGAACAUAGAGAAGACAUGAAGGAUUCUAUGAUAAAGAAAUUGAAGGACCAGCUUUUCGUGGCCAGAGCAUACUAUCCUAGUAUUGCAAAACUUCCAUCGCAGGGUAAGUUGACUCGUGAAUUGAGACAAAAUAUUCAAGAAUUGGAGCGUGUUCUUAGUGAAAGUGCUACAGAUGCUGAUCUUCCACCAGAGAUUGGAAAGAAGUCACAGAAGAUGGAAACGUCAAUAGUCAGAGCUAAAUCAUGCCCCAUGGAUUGUAACAAUGUUGACAAGAAACUGCGGCAAAUAUUUGAUUUGACUGAAGAUGAAGCCAGUUUCCACAUGAAGCAGAGUGCAUUCCUUUACCAACUAGCGGUCCAAACUAUGCCAAAGAGUCUUCACUGUUUAUCUAUGAAACUAACUGUGGAAUAUUUUAAAUCUAAUUCUCUGGAUAUGGAGCUUUCUCAGGCCGAUAAAUAUUCUGAUCCCUUAUUGCAUCACUAUGUUAUAUUCUCCAAUAAUGUACUUGCAUCAUCUGUUGUAAUAAACUCAACAGUAAUGCAUUCCGAAGAAACAAAGAGUCAGGUUUUCCACGUUUUGACUGAUGAACAGAAUUACUUCGCAAUGAAACUAUGGUUCUUCAGAAACACUUUUAAAGAAGCCACUGUUCAAGUGUUGAACAUUGAAAAAUUUAGCCUGGAGUACCAUGAUAAGGCAACUCUUUUACAUAUGUUAUUGCCUGUGGAGUUUCGAGUUUCUUUCCACAAUGUUGAUUCAUCAACAGAAGAUAGAACACAGUACUUAUCCGCUUUUUCUGAUGUGCACUAUCUUCUACCUGAAAUAUUUCUAAGUUUAAACAAGGUUGUGAUUCUGGAUGAUGAUAUUGUUGUACAAAAAGACUUGUCAGCACUGUGGAAUCUUGAUAUGGGAGCUAAAGUAAAUGGUGCUGUGCAAUUCUGUUCACUGACAUUGGGUCUGCUAAAGAGUUAUUUGGGUGAAAAUAAAUUUGAUGCAAAUUCUUGUGCUUGGAUGUCUGGAUUGAAUUUGGUUGAUCUUGCAAGGUGGAGAGAGUUGAAUCUUACUAGACGUUACAGGAAGUUGGCAAGAGAGCAGGCAAGUGUUGGAGAGGAAUCAAUUGAAGCAGCUUCUUUGCGGGCAAGUUUGCUCACCUUUCAGGACCUAAUUUAUGCUUUAGAUGGUGUGUGGGCGCUGUCAGGACUUGGUCAUGAUUACAGGCUUGAUGUCCAAACCAUUAAGAACGCUGCAGUGUUGCACUAUAAUGGAAACAUGAAACCAUGGCUAGAGCUGGGAAUUCCGAGAUACAAAAAAUACUGGAAGAAGUUUUUAAAUCAAGAAGAUCAAUUUUUGAGUGAAUGCAAUGUACAUCCUUGAUGAGUUUAGUGAUGCAGCAGGUUACAGCUAAAAUUCCUGGAAAACUUAGGGCACAAGAAGCUUGAAUGUAUGUAUGGAAUUUUCUUUUUCUGGGUGCUGAGCAUUUUCUUUCAGCUCAAAUACCAAAGGUUAUUGAGUGACAAAGAAAUUGAUGACCACGGUCAAUGUGGUUAACUAAUAAUUUUGAUAUUUUUGGAUACCUUUCCGAAAGACGAAGAGGUUUGCCGGAGAUGGCUACAGACUACAGUUGUUUGGAAUGGAAGAUUCCAGGUUUAUAAUGCUCUAAUAUUUGUUUUGACAAGGUGGGGAGUGAUGGUAAGAGCUUCAUUCUCUGCUUCUUUUGGUAAAGAUUGAUUUAGAAUGAAGAGGAAAAACCUUGAAAAAAUAAUUCUGUUCAUUUAGAAGAUUGUGAUUGUUUAUUGAAGUAGAUCUUAUAGUCAUUCAUAAUGUAAAUGAUUUGCUCAUUCAAGAAGCCGAUAUUCCUAUGGCCCCUUCUGGAAUUAUCAGGUGUGGAUGAUUUUGUAUAGAUGUUCCUCUUCAAAACCUUGAAAUAUUCUUGUUUGGAAAAGAUUAAUACUUUAUAUAUAUAAACGGAACAAACUGAUAUAUAAUUGGGUAAUUUAA